AUGUCUUCUUCAAGAGCUAUAUCAAAGAUAACCAAACUCAAAUACAUCAAAAACUUUGAUCCAAAAGUUCCAAAAGGUGAAAUAAUUUUUGACAUGAACGAAGAAGAUGUUAAAGACAUCAAUGAAGAACAAGAAAAUGAAAAUAUUGAUGAUGAUAUUAUGGACAAAGCAUCGAAAUUGGCGAUGGCGGGUGCUACAGUCGAGUACACCUUUAAAGCCGGCGCGGUGGCAAAAGCGUAUGCCGAGGGAGAUGUUACUUUUGAGAAGCUCAAAAGCAAGCUCGGUGUCUCGGGUUCGAAUGCAUCCUACCAUGAUGUGAACAACAUGCUUGAGGAGGCAAUAGGAGAUGCGCAGGAGCAAGAAGAGCUGCUCAACAAGAUUGAUGAGGAAAAGAAAGCUAAGGGCAAAGCAAAUGUGGAGGAGAGUGAAGAUGAAGAGGAUGAAGAGAGUGAUGAGAGUGAGAGUGAUGAGAGUGAAGAUGAUGAGUAA